AUGCAAAGUUUUCCAAACCUCCAAAAAACUUCAUUACAACACUUUCGACUGACACACACACCAAUACUUACAUCCUCGUCACAAGACAACAUGGCCGGCGCCAACGACGCUGCGAAGCGCAAACGCGAUGAUACCGGCCACCGCGAGCACAGAGAUAGGCUCACGAAGCUUGCGAGAAUGACGGUCCAAGACGCCCUGAAAGUUACCGUUGGGUCGGCCGACCCAGAAAACGAGAAGACCUUCCUCGUCAACAAAGAUAUGAUCUGUGCGCAGUCACCAUAUUUCAAGAAAGCCUGCGAUGCUGCUCAGAAGGUCGAGUCCGAGCUCAUAUUCCAGCUCCCGGACCAUAAAGCAGCACACUUCGAAACAUACAUCGACUGGGUGUACACCAAGCCCGCCCAAGCCACACCUAACUUCAUUCUACGCAGCAGCAUCGGAAACCCCUGGGGCGUUGGCGGCCUGGUCAAGCUCUGGGUGCUCACCAACCAUAUGGAAGAUGUGGAGUUCAAGAACCUCACAAUGAGGUUGCUGGUCAACAUGCCACUGGAGAACAAGAUAUGGCUGGCUAGAUCGCCAAGGAUGUUGCAGCAAAUCGUGGCGAACACUGAAACAAGCUCGCCUUUGCGCCUUUGGCUACUCGACGAUGUGGAAGCCCGCUAUAGUCUAGAAGCCAAUACCGGGCUCGACCAAUUCGUGCAGCAUUGGCCACAGGUCAUGGUAUCAGAGUUGCUGAAGAGGUUUGCUGCAAGAGCUCGUGCUGGAGCCACUGGAGGACCACCGGCGCCGACGGACCCUACGAAGUACUUUGAGAAAGCAUAG